GGCCCACCCUCCUGCGAUGCCCACCCGCCCCCGGCAGCCCCUCGCAGCGCUGCGUUAGGUGUUGAAGGCCACGGACACUGCGCACACCAAGGUAGGCUCUGGCUUUGGAGAGGCUCGGUUUGGGUGGAUGUGAGGCGUGGAGCUGCUGGUGAUGUUGCAGGUGGUGCAGGGACACAGGGACGGGUUUUUUCGGUUUGUUUUUCCUUUUUUUCACUUUUUCUUUUCUUUUUUUUUUUUUUUUUCUGCCUCUGAAAGCCCCCAGAUGGGCAAGGUAUGAGCCAAACCCCACUGGCAGCAGCCAAGAAUGGUUUCCUGGCCACAGCCCCAGCAGCUCUUGGAGCGGCGCCGUGCCCAUCCGGCGUCACACCGCAGUGGAAACCCCACGCGCAGGCGGGCUGGGGGUGGCUUCAGCAGGGGGAGAUGGCAGCAUCCCUCCUAGCCCCCCCCUCAGCACAGGGCCCCACACUCCCAGUGCUCCCAGCGUGGUCUCGUCCUGCUCACACCAUGCUGCAACCACCCAGAUGUCCCCCCUGCCGCCACUGCGCCCCCCAGUGUGUGGCCAUCUGCUGCUGUCAGAGGUCAAGGUGUCCCUGGUUCCAUGGUGCACCUCGGCCCCCAAAGCUCUCCUGCAGUGGGAUGGCCCUCCCAGGAGGGAAGGAGCUCACCCUCCUUGGCAUGUGCCCUGCUCCCACCCCUGCAGUGAGACUGGGAGAGGAGCUUGGGGGGCACCGAGAAUCCACUCCCUGCACAGCCCUGGCCACCUCCACCAUCAGCACUGGCUCUGGAUGGCUCCUGCCAGGGCCACGGGGACGGUAGAUCAGGAUGUGAAUGGGAUGGCUGCUCCCCCAAAGGCAAUUGCUGGGGCAGGAAGCGAUGGGGUGAGGAUAUGGGCUGCGUGGGGGCUUUUGUCCGCUGCCCACGCGGUGCCGGGUGCACUGCGCCCAGCUCCAUGCCAACCCCUGCAGAGCUGUGCGGUGUGCGUGCCUGCCAUAAAUAUUGAUGGGGCGGACGCGGUGCAAGUGUGCCUUUAUACACGGUGCUCGGGAUGUGAAUGCUGUACGAACCGGGGGCAGCGGUGCGGGUGCAGCACUGAGGUUGAGUGCACAGAGGCUGUAUAGGGGAGGUGGAAUUCAGUGUGGGGUGGGAAGGGGCCGGGUGUACAGCCCCGGCGGUCAGAAAGCAGCAAAGCAAAAUCUGCUGCCAGACUGCAGUGAGUGGCAGCCGCUCCCCCAGCCCGCUAACAUGCAGCCCGUGCAGGAUGAGCAGCGAGGGGCUGCAGUGCCGCUGCUUAACGAUGCACAGCACAGAGGCAGCGGCCGCACAAUGCUCCGAGAGCUGCUGCUGCAGUGCACGGCCAGGAGGGUGCUGGUAUCCCCGACACGGGCAGGGCUGUAGGUGGCAGAGCCAUGGGGCUGUGGUGGCUGUCAGCCCUGGGAAGGGCAACAAGCAGAGCUCAAGCGUAGGGGACGUCUACCCCUCGCAUCACUCUUGCACAGGCUGCCUUUCAGGGCAGCUCAGGAGGGCAGAGCAGCUGUACCUUGGGAUACUGUGCUGGGAGCAGCUGGAGGCUAUGGCUUUGGUCCCCUCCUCACACCCUGCUCCUUUGGCCACCGCUGCCCCAGCCCACAGCCAGCACCAGUGCACACACAGCUCCUGCACACGGCCCCCGGGGGAUGUGCACGUCCCUCAUUGCGUGCGACGCUGCGAUCGGCCCCGCCAACCAUCUGCUGCAGCAUCUCCCCUCCACCCACUCGCAGCUCACGCUGUGCCCCGUGGCAUGGAACCGGUGGCACCUGGAGCACCCGGCAGCAGGCAGGGCCGGGCUGGGGGUGCCCUGUGCUCCCCUGGGCAACCCGCAUUAGGGAUGUCGAGGGGCUGCGAUAGCGAUGCAGCUAGCACUACAGCAUUGAUGCUGAUGGAUCCGUGGCUGGAAUGCAGGGAACAGGAGCACGGUGUGGUGGUGAACCCUGUGACCCUCUCCAUGUGUCACCACCGGGUUGGCAGGGCCGUCCCUGCCCUCUGCGUGCCCCAAACCACACUCAAACGCUGCGCUAUGAGGGUCAGCUUCAACCCGAUGCUGCAGCAUGCGUGGUUCUGUCCCCAUCCCCGGCCCUGUCCCUGCCAGGUGCCAGCCCAGAGGGGGCCGGGACCCCUCUGCAGAGCUGCAGCUGCCACUGCUUUGUGCCUCCUCUCCCCCUUUCCCCACCGCUGUUUUUGUUUUGUUUAAGAGGCCGGGUUACGAAUUUUAAACAGGCUCCUGAAAAACCCAAUUACCUCCAGAAGACAACCUGAUAAAAGCCGCCAAGCCGGCACUCUGCGCAUCGCCUCACGCUGCAGCCGAGGGAAAACCGACGUAACAAAGCCUUUGCAAAUGGAGUUAACCACUUUGAAUCCCUCGGUGCGACGUGGAGGGCCGAGCGGUGUUUUCUGCAGAGGUGGGGGCGGGGGGAGCAUAAAUAACCCGACAGCACCGCGCUGCUGGGGUGCAGUCCCAGAGCUGUGGCUGGGAGCAGUCCCUGGGCGCACUGGGAGCUGCUGGGGGAGGACUGCGCUCAAUGAGCCGAAGCAUCUCCAAAGAUUGAAAGACUCGAGGACCCAUCCCAGGAACAAAAGGAGGCGUUUGUCAGGCGCUGAGAGACGGGCUCGUUAAUUCCUCCUGGCUGUCACACUUAUCUGUAAUGAAUUUGUGCUCCGCUGUAUUAUUUUUAAUACAAUAGGAGCGGUGCCGCCCGCCCACCGCCCGGCUGCCGGGAGCGCUGACGUCAGCGUGCAGAGCGGGGUGCUGCAGGACGGACGGACGGACGGACGGACGGAUGGAUGGACAGACCUAGGCCUGUCCCAGCACUGCAGCAGGGUCAGGAGCUGAGGCAGAGGGCAUUUUUUCCGUGGUGGAGGAAAACAGAGCAGUCGGUCAGCGUGGGAAGAGGUGGAGGGCGCAGGGAGCAGUGAGCAGCAGGGAUGUGUGUUGGAGUGCUUUCCCUGUGCCAAAGCCGUGCUGUGCGUGGAAGCAGAGGGACAGAAAUGGGGGUUCCCCCGGCGCUGUGUGCCCCACAGAGGGGCUAUGGCCGUGAGCAGCCACAGGGCUGCAGGGCCUCACCUCAUUUGCCAGCUGUCCCCACAGCGAGGCUCAGAACCCCACUGAUCUGCAAGGAGCUCGUUUCCUUCCUGGUAACCCAGGGCUGAUGGAUGAGGCAUUGGCUCUGCAGGGCUAUGGGACGUGCACAUGGCCCCGGUAUCUGCAGACCCCAAGCUCUGCCCCAGCCACGGCGAUAUGGGGGCCACAAGGUCACCGAACAUCCCCAGCAUCUCCUGGGGAGUCAGUGCUACAAAUGUGGGGCUGGGAGCUCUGCGUGGAUGCAGGGAGUGCUGGGGGCGCAACGAUGUGUCAGGGACUUUGAGAUUACCUCUGCAAUUAGUCACGGUGGGGUCAUUAAGGCCCGGCAGGUGUGCAGAGGCUCAGGUGUGCAGCGCUGGAGGGGUCACCCCGUUUGAGUGCGGGGUGCAGGGGCGGCUGGGGGCUGCUCGUGGUGGCUGCGGCUGGGGAAUGCCUGGCUUUGCCCCAUGGAUUGCAGAGGUGAAGCAUUAACACGCGCCGGGGGGCGGCUGCCCCCAUCCCUUCGCUGCGGGAGCGGGGGAUCCCGGCGGGGGCAGCGUUUCCUCGGCGGUGUCCCGCUGUGGGGAUUCGGGGUCCUGUAGUCCCUUCUUUUCCCCCUUUCCGGGGCCGGGAGCGGAGCGGGGCUGGGGGUGUCGCCCCGGGCGGGCCCACGCGUGCGGCGGGG